AUGGACUCCCACGGUAGUGAAACUAAAUUUUCCAUAUAUGUUCCAGCAAGACCUGGUGGAGGCGGCCGAUUGGCCAAUGUGACCGGCCGUGUCUCCAGAAAAGACAAACAAAACCCAUUUGCCGGAAUAGAGAAACAAAGUUAUGCCGAAGUGAUCAAAACCUGCCAGGAAAGAGGUAUUUUGUUCGAAGAUCCGGAAUUUCCAGCUGAUGAUAGUUCCUUAUACUACAAAAGCGGUGGGAACUUUUCCGUCGAGUGGAAGAGACCAUCGGAAAUAUGCCAAGAUCCAAAGUUCUUUGUUGGUGGAGCUAGCAGAUUUGAUGUGAAGCAAGGAAUGUUAGGUGAUUGCUGGCUGCUUGCCGCUAUUGCAUCAUUGACAAUCAACAAGAAAGUUUUCUACCGGGUCGUCCCGCCAGAACAGUAUUUCAACAAAAACUACACUGGUUGUUUCCGCUUCAAUUUGUGGAACCAAGGAAAAUGGGUCGAGAUAUUGGUUGACGACAGGUUACCCACACAAAAUGGCCGUCUCAUCUACAUGCACUCGGUCGAUGAAAAUGAGUUUUGGAGUGCACUUCUGGAAAAAGUCUACGCAAAACUGAAUGGUUCGUAUGAAUCGUUGAAGGGUGGCAACACUUCAGAAGCCAUGGAGGAUUUUACCGGGGGUAUUACAGAGCAGAUUGAUUUGAAGGAUCCACCGAAGAAACUUUUUGGUAUUAUGCAAAAAGCUUUCCAAAGAUGUUCGAUGAUGGGAUGCUCAAUCGAUGCUGUUCCAGGACAAACUGAAGCCAAAUUAUCAAAUGGUCUAAUUUGUGGACAUGCCUACAGUAUCACAGGCCUCAACAUGAACGGUCUGAAAACACCUAGUAUUAAUGGCAAGAUCCUCAUGGUAAGGAUCCGUAACCCUUGGGGAGAAAGCGAAUGGAAUGGACCGUGGAGUGAUCAAUCACCCGAAUGGCGUUUUAUUCCCGAUCAUGAAAAGAAAGACAUGGGUCUAAUAAAUGACGACGACGGAGAAUUUUGGUUUGCUCUCUUUUUUUUGCGAUGGGCUGUGGAGGGAAAUGGCGGAGCCCUAGUGGGAGAGGAAGGCUCUUUGCCUUACCUUGUGAAGCUACUGGUACCCCUUCUUUUCUUGCUGGUGAAGCAGGGACAGAUUGUGCCAUGGUCUUCUCUUCCUGCUGGUAGCUUCCUCUCUCUCUCUCACCUUCUUAUGCCAAGAGGAUCUAGGAGGAGGCAUAUCCUAUACUUCCAUCAGCUGCUCUAA